UCUUGACCAGGUCUAAGUCUUUGAGCUGUGCAACAAAGAGGGGAAGUUUGCCUGAUGGGAGGGGUGUAAAGAACUGGAGGGGACCGUUUCUUUUGCCACCGUGACAGAUGAAGAGCCACGAACCAAGACGACAUCACAAUGACUGAUCCAAACACAUCUUCAUUUAUGUAUGACUUUGCCUCUAUUUAUGACGAGCUCAACAUUUCUUACAAUUUUGGGAACGAGUCAGAGUUUGUCCUUAACCCGGCAACGGAGCCCUGCCCCUCUACGUUACCGAAUAUCGUGACCUACGCCGCCUGUGUAUUCUACAUCCUUAUUUUCCUGAUGGCUAUCCCUGGAAAUCUGGUGGUGGGGCUGGUGAUCGGGCUGAGCAAGCAGUCGCUGCCGCCCUCUGACCUCUACCUCCUCCACCUGGCCAUCGCCGACAUCCUGCUGGCCGUCACCCUCCCGUUCUGGGCCACCUCCGUCACGGUGGGCUGGGUGUUCGGGGACGCCGCCUGCAAAAUGGUCACCGUGGCCCAGGAGCUGAGCUUCUACUCCAGCAUCCUCUUCCUGACCUGCAUCAGCAUGGACCGCUACAUGGUCAUCGUGCGGGCCAUGGAGGCCCGAAAAGCCAACCGGCAGCUGGUCAGCUGGGGGGUCUGCGCCGCCGUGUGGGGGGUGGGGACGCUCCUGUCUCUGCCCGGGUUGUUCAGCUCGUCUUUCGCCGCCAACAACUCCAGUCGGCCGGUGUGCGCCGAGAGUUACGACCCCGGGAGCUCGGACGAGUGGCGGACGGCCACCAGGGUCCUCCGCCACACCCUGGGCUUCCUCGUCCCCCUGGCGGUCAUGCUGCCCUGCUACGGGACCACCGUCCGGCGGCUCCUGCGCGUCCGCGGCGGCGUCCAGCGGCAGAAGGCCAUGCGGGUGAUCGUGUGCGUGGUGGCGGCCUUCCUGCUGUGCUGGACGCCGUACCACCUGGCGGUGAUGGCCGACACCUUCUACAGGGCCAGGCUGGUGGCCUUCGGCUGCCCCGCCCGGAGGGCGGUGGACCGGGCCAUGUUCGCCACGCAGAGCCUGGGCCUGCUCCACAGCUGCGUCAACCCCGUGCUGUACGCCUUCGUGGGGGAGAAGUUCAGGAGGAGGUUCUUGCAGAUCCUGGCCAAGGUGGGAGUCGCGGAGAGACCGUCCAUCUCCAGAAGCAGCCGGUCUUCGCUCUCAUCAGAAAUGACAUCGACAUUCAUGUGAAGCGUCACUUCAACCAAUUGAGGGGGAUUGGUUACAAAGUGAUGGUCAAUAGCUUUUUCUUUGUUUUUUGGCCGUGUCAUUAUUUUGUUUUCAUUUGUUUGUUUUGCCUUUAGCUACCUUGAAACUCAUUUCAGUUUUGUUUUUCUGUAAUUUUCAUCUUAUUCAUCUUGACAAUCCAUUACACUUUUUUUUUUUUGCAAAAUACUUCCUCAGGUUAAGCCUUCAAAGCCGGAUCCAAGACAAAUAGGAAGAAUGUUGGAUUUUUUUCGUCUUAAGUGU